AUGUCAUCGAAAGUGUCUCUUCUAUUACUUCUCGGACUGUUUCUCAGAGGAGCAAACUCUUUAUCCAGCGGCGAAGAGAAUCGCAAAUAUAUUGCACGCUUAAGUGACCAGGAUCCACUGAUUGAUGAAUGUAUCUCAAUGCCAAGAGCUGGCAAUCAGCUUAAUCUAGAGUCAGUUAUACGUGCCAUAAUCAAUGGCGAAUGGGAGCGUGUCGAAUUGGUGCAACGAAUGGCGAAUGAAGCAUGUACUUUGGAAUUGAAGCACGAUAUCUACAAGACUUUGUGGCUAGAGUGGCAGCAGGAUAAACAGGUCUACGAUCCCCCCAAGAUACUCGAUUUUUAUAACCAACUCAAUAAUCAGUCGAAUGUGCCGACAACAUUACUGCAAAAGGUUUAUCAGACUUUCGUCUCUCGCAUCGCCCAACUGCUCUCGAUGCCCUUUCACAUCAACAGCCCAAAUACCGAAUUUCCAUUGGUUACAAAGUUACUCUUACAACUGAGUCAAAGCCCACAAAGUUACACACGUGACAUAUUGGAGACUCUGUUUGAUGCUGUGCUGACUUUGGAAUCCCCACGUGGCUCAACGUCUGGACAUCUUCAACGCUAG